AUGCAGAUACAGAAUGAUGCCCCAAUUCCAGAAGCUUUUCCUGGUCCUGGUUCUUUAACGUGCCAAGUGUUUAAGCACUCAUACAAAGGACCUAGAUUUAAAGUCUCAUCUGAAAGACUGUACACAGAUUUAUUACGUAGUACACAGGAUCUAUUAAGCGCGCCAAUAUUCAAUAUUCAAAGACGGCAAAAACUUCGUCUCAUAUCUAAUAUCAUCUCCCCAAUAAAGACAUACAACAAGAAAAGUGAAAUUGCUCAAGCAAAUUAUCAGAAGAAGACCUUCAAAGCUGCAAUCGGUGAAAUUCACUGUCCUGCUGACAGUGUCAAAUGUGAAAGUGAAUCGAAAAUGCAGGAACUGCUGGGGGUUGUGUGGUUGAGGCUAGAUCUGACGGAUGGGAGGAUGAGUGCAGAAGCCUGCGUAGAAAGAUUCGACGCAUGGAGGAGCCAAUUACUGCUUUAGAGAGUCAGAAUACAAAAGUGGAGGACCCCGAAUUAUAAGCUGUGGAACAUCUUAGUGAUACUCAAGAAGUCUUGGUUACAAUAGCAAAGACUAUCUUCACUGUGGAGGAACUUAGAACCCACUCUAGGACUGGAAAGAUGACCAAUAAGUGUAAGGAUUCCCCGAGACACCACUUGAACCCUCGA